AUGACAACUCCACUGCGAGAAACCCUCCCAAAUGGCCUCCCAAAUAUCCAACGUCUCAUCACAACCACCAACCCGAACGGCAAAUCCAUCCUCGAAUCUAGUAUCUCCCCAGCCCCCGUCUGGCAACCCAUCCAAAACAACAACAUGUCCUUCUUCCUCGCCUACACCACCCACCAAUUCCCCAUCUCCCUCUCUCACACCCCUUCAUCCCAAAACUCCACCUCUACAACCCCUAUCGAUAUAGCCUCUUACAUCUCCGAUCUCUCUAAUCCACCCGGUCUCUCUAUUUCCUCUGGAACAGUAGUGCGUUUUGUGGAUUUUGCCCCCGGAAUUGAAUGUCCGAUGCAUAAGACUGUGAGUUUGGAUUAUGGGGUUGUGUUGGAGGGGAUCAUUGAGUUGGUUUUGGAUUCUGGGGAGAAGAGGGUUAUGGGGAGGGGGGAUUUGUGUGUGCAGAGGGCUACGGGUCAUUUGUGGAGAAAUGUUACCCCCGGGGAGGGAUGGGCGAGGAUGAUGUUUGUUUUGGUGGGGGUGGAGAGGGGGGUGGGGAUUGAGGAGGUGGGGGUGGAAGGGAUGGAGGGGGUGAGGAGGAGUGAGUAG